AUGAUACACCCAUUCCGAACGGACAAGGCAAAACUGGAGGAGUAUCUUCUGGAACUCUACAAAAAGGGAUACACUAUGAAACAAGCUUAUAAAAGUGUCUGUCAAGUGAUAAAUGAUGCAGAAACGAUGGAAGAUGAGCAGAGUAAAAGUCAAGACGAUGAAGAGGUUGCGAUACCUUCAAAAAGAAAAAAAUCCAGUUUGUCGGAAGAAUCGAGUUCAUCUUCGAAGGAAAAUGAGACAACAUCAGCGAUGGCACGUCUUCUUUCCUAUUUUGAGAGGAAGUAUUCAAUUGAAGAAGAACGAGCAUCCGUUGACAGCAGCACCCGAAGCUCCUUAAACGAUGCUCAAAAGAGCGACAGUACAAAAGCGUUCUCAUCUGACGAGUCGGAAACCAGUGAUGGAAGUAACAACGAGGAAAAUUUGAAGCAAAUUUAUUGCCCGUCAGAUGACCUCACAAAAGAUGAUCCGAUUUCUAUGAUAGAAGUUGAUAAAUGUUUUAAAAAGGAAGCGGACAAAGAAUUCAAGUUGAUUGAUAAGGAAAGACUGGAAGAUAUUGUGAAAUUACUCCGCCUCCGCCGAAUUUCAACAGCAUGCUGUAAAGCUGCUGAAUCAUUAGAACUCCCAAUAAAAUCAAUCAAAUGGCUCACUGGCAUUGAAAAAUUCAUUGAAAUCGAAAUUACGGAUCUCCAAAAUUCGACAAUCAAAAUCAACUACUCUAAGGAAGAAUCAACCGAAGAGGAGGAAAUUGUGAAAUACAUCCAAACUGAUUCGGGGUAUUUUAUGAAAACGGAGGAGUUCAAAGUUGCUGCGGCUUGCGAUUUGUUGUAUCUUCUCAGUACUAAAAAUGUGAAACUGGAGACGUUGAAUUUUGAUAUUGAACCCUGUGACAAGGAGCACGCUGGAUCGUUUCCCGAGCAUGACACAUUGAAGAUAGUUCUCUCGCUUUGGUAUCUCCACCUGAUGGACAAUGCUUCUAUAAAUACGAAAAAAUUUGAAUUCACAAUUAGUAGAAAAUGUGGCAGUGAGGAACGUUUGAUGAACCUCCUUUAUAAGUUUCUGAGCAAUUUUGCAUUCGGAUAUCUGGAAACCAUCAAAUUGAGGGUCUGGGAAAGUUUCGAAAUGAUUUCAUCCCUUAAUUGUGAUCAGAAACUGGACAAGCCUUUCAAAUUGGAAGAGAACGGUUGGAGCCAAUGUGAUCUGACAGUGUAUCAGCAAUGGUUGCAAGCAGUGGAGUUGGAUAUUCAAGAUGACUUGUUUCAAAAGGAUUGGGAGAAGUUUUGGCAUUUCAAAACAAUUCGAUUGAUGUCUCUUGGGGUUGACGAUGUUGUGAAACUUGUUGAGACUUACAACCAACACACUCCACAUAUCGGAUCUAUCAUAACUGUCCAAACCGCUCAUCCACUAGAUUUGAAGGCUAUCCGAACGAAACUGUCUGAAACGUCUGAAAAAUUCAAAAAAAGAGAUGCGGUGAAAAAAAAAAAUUUUAUCCUCGUAAUGCCUCACAGUCAUCUCCAGGACGCGAAAUCUCUCGGAAUAUGUGGCAAAUACGAAUUUCUAAAGAGGAACUCAUACAUCAAAGCACAUGUUAACCUUUUUGAAAUGCUGAAAUCCACUCGAAGCACUUAUGACACCCCAAAAGCAACAAGGCGGCACGAGAGCACGAAAAAAUGUACGAGCAACGAUUCGGAUCGGUCGAACAUUGACGUUUCGUUAAUUUAUGAAGAAUCCAACGGUGGUUAUUUGGACCGAGAAAUGGCAGAUGCUUUUGAGGUAUUUCAUAAGGCAGAGUAUUUGAAGAAUCAGUCGGAUAGGAAUUUGAAAAGUGCGGAUUUGGAGACGAUUGUUGAAAAUGCGGAUAUUUACAAGAUAUGGCACCUUCGAUAUUCCAGUCAAAAAUUCUGCAAUAUCAUCAAACAGAAACCAGCACCUAUUAAUGCAAUGGUCGUCACCAGAGGACACGACAGGAUUAAAACUGAAAUGCACGUUGAUCCAAAAAGCAUGAAGCAAAUGGAAUAUUGGCGAUGCGACAGAGAACAAUCACUUGUUUGGAGAGGUUAUCAUGCACAAUUCGACAAGAAAAAGUUCCAGCAAAGAGCCGCUUUUGAGAUAUUCAGUUGUGUGGAGAAAACUGAUUUGACGCAUUUUGCUUUUAAAACGGAGAAAACGCAUCCAUGGAAAAAAUCGGCCUCUCCGUUUUUCAAAUUUUUCAAAAUCCUCUGUCGUUGGCUGAAAUCAAGUCUAAUUACAGUAACGAGUUUUUCAAUGGAACUCAGUUGGUUUCGCGAUAAUGAUGUUGUGAAUUUCGACCAAGUAUCAAUGAUCCUGAGUCGUAUAAAUCCGGAAUUCUUGAAAAAGAUUAAAUUUCGAAAGUAUAGAGACGGCUAUGUAGAAGAUGCAACUCUGAAAAUGCUCGGAUGGGAGUAUAUAUACAAUUAUCCACAAUGGAAGAAUGCGGUGGAAUUGGAUAUCGAUGAUGAGAAGAUUAGAAUGAAAAUGAAGGAUUAUAUUCAUUUCUGCAAAAUUCGAAUUCCAUUGAAAUCGAAGGAUAUUCGCAGUUUUUGUGAGGAGCUUGCCAAAAAUCAACCAACCAAGCAACAGACCAAAUUCAUGGUUAGCCGUGAUUUCGAUUUUGAAGAUGCUAAAGAAAUUCUCAAGAAAAAUAAAUUCAAUUUAUUGCCAAAUGGAAAAUAUGUUAUAAAAUUAAAAACUCAAUUGUACAUUUCCCUAUUUCCAAAUGAGUCGAUGAUCAUUUAUUAUAACGAAAAUGCACCGGCCAGAAUGGAUGGGAACUUUUAA